AUGGAAUCUUUCCCAAUGGAUUUCUCUGUUGUUGAUAAGGGGGAUACUAUGUCGUUGGUUGCCGAGAUUGCCUUCUUCGACCCCAGUCAUGAAGCUCACAUGUUACUCCUGCCUCAUUCAGGUGCACUGUGCAAGUUCCAGGGUUUGCUAGAUGAUGGUUUUUGGCGGUAUACCAUUUGUGAUGCUGAGUUUGUUUGCCAGUUUCCGAUGCCCCGAUUGAAAAGCUGUGGCAUGACCAGGAUCCUGUCACACACCAAACCCGCGUGGUGUGAUUUUUACAAGAUGGUAGAUGCCUGCUCAGGUGCAGGUGGCAUUGCCCAUGGGGCAUUGGCGGUUGGUAUUCAGACUGUUGUAGCUGUUGAUGCCAAUGACCGGAUGUUGAGUCUUCACCAGCGUCAUGACUCAUGUGAAGUUGUUCAUGGAGAUAUCAGCAGUACGGAUGUUAUCAUUGAGACUUGGCACAACGCCCAGCAUGCAGCUGUCAUGUGUGCAGGGUACAGUUGUCAGCCAUUCAGUGUGUUAGGGGAUAGGAAAGGGGGGGCUGAUCCCCGUGCUGCAUCCCUCUGUGGGGUCCUGAAAGCCGCUGUCAUGCUUCAAUCCCAGGUCUUAGUGUUAGAGUGUGUUUCACCAGCACGUCAUGACCCUUUUGUUGUCAAGUCCAUUGAUGCAUUCGUUCGUUUGACUGGUUUUCACAAGGAAAUCAUCGAGCUUCGUCUUGAUUCCAUUUGGCCCAGCCGAAGAACCAGAACAUGGUGGGUUUUGUCUUCCAAAUUGUUUGGUCCUGUCCAGAUUCAAGAGUUUCCGGUGUUUUGUAACCUUGAGAAGGUCCAUCGUCUCAUGCCAUAUGUCUGUCAAUGGAACCCUAGAGACGAGCUUGCUCUUGCGCUUGACCAGAACGAGUUGACUGCAUUUGGAUGGGAGGACAGUUCAUAUGCCAAGCACCUGCUCACUCCUGACUGUGUAGCACCAACUGCACUGCAUGCUUGGGGAUCACAGGUCCGGGGUUGUGAAUGCGGCUGUAGAGCUGUGGGUCUUUCUCCACAGAGACUUGAUGAAAAGGGUUUGUUUGGAUGCCUCCUUCAGAGUGCCUCCAGUGACACCACCACUCCUUGCCUUCGCCACCUGCAUCCGUGUGAAGCACAACUCCUCAAUGGAGUUGACCCCAUGAUUGACUUUGGCGAGAACGUGAGAUUGGCUCUUUCAGCCAUUGGCCAGAUUGCAUCGCCAUUGCAAGCUGCAUGGAUUCUAAGCUUUAUUGUAGCCAGGCUGGAAGUCUUGUCUCAUGGGAAAUGCAUGUUUCCACCGCUGUCACAAUUGCAUGCUUUUCGCUCAUGGCUUGUUGCACGAUCACAACUUGUUUGGCCCUGCAACGAUUGCAUGUUGGAUGACCCGAAGUUGAUUGACCUUGUAGCGCAGUGGUAUAGUGCACGUGAGCUCUUCCUUCCUCAACUGUUGGAUCCUUGUCGGUGGCCGAUUGAAGCCACUAAGCCGAUCUCCAUUGCUGAAGUUUUGGACUGUCUCAUUCGGAGUGCCCAGGUCUCAGCUCCAACAGUGCCUGUUGCGUCGCUGCCUGAUGAUGAAGAAACGCCUGUCUUUGAUUUUGUCACUGCUGACCCCAAGGGCGAGUUGUGCAUUUCUCAAGAACAAUGUGUUGUUUCUUUCUGUGGUUCUGGUGAGUGUGAGGUUUUCUGCUCUGUUGCCCCGGGCACCACCAUUGCUGAGAUGCUUCAAGCACAUGCCAAGCUUGUUGGUCCAUUUUGGGUUGGUCAGAUCCGUGAUCGCCUUGAUCAUUGUCUCUCUUUGGACUUUGGCCUUGAGGUAGGACAGCAUGUUCAAGUUGAGCUUUCAUGUCAUGGCCAUGGGACUCUUUUUGGCUCUUGUGAUGCAGGGGAAUCCGGGCUACUCCCAUCAAUGCCCGAAGUUUCAAAGCUGAGUGAUGGCCCUUUUGCGGCUGUCGACAAUGAUGCACAUAUGCAAGACAUUACGGCCACAGUUGCAUGGACUGAGCCUUGUUCGACUCAUGAUGAUCAGCCUGGUGGGGUUCACAAUCUUGCCAUUGGAGUUGCAAAUGACCAGGGGUUGCAUGUUCCUCAGGGCUGGUGCUCCGCUUCGGCUUUGCUUGGCCUUGACUCUGCACAGUUCCUGAACUUGCAGGUGCCGACCAUUGCAGAUCCUGCCCAAUUGAGUGCCCUUCGUUCUCAGGUGAUCUCUGCUUCAGAUCGUUUGCAAUUGCUCUCUUGUCAGGGAGAUCUUUGGGCGGACGAUGAAUUGAGAUUUCAUUUGCAUGCCAUCUCUUCGGCGUAUGUUCAACACUGUGCCAAGAUUGGUCACACUGCUGGCUCUAGUCUCCUUGUCAUUGACCCGCUGAUUACUGCUGCAUGGGGGGCGCCUCAUGCUUUUGCGUGUGAAGUCUGGGCUGGAUCUCAUCCUGAGGUCUUGCGUGACGGGGUGCAAGUCAUUGGAGUUUUUCGGAUCAACCAUCAUUGGGUUCCUGUGCAAUUUGUCCCCAAUGGACAUCACCUGAACAUUCACACUUGGGAUUCACCAGUGAAUUCACAUGCUGAUCUGAAUCAAGUGAUUGAACGUUUGUCGAAGGCUUGGGGCUUCAAGUCGUUCCUCAUCAAUUGUCAGCAGAGAGUGUUUUUCACAUGCAACAAAUGUGGUGCUAUGGCCAUUCAUUUUCUUCAGGAUUCCUUGUUUGGCACAUUGCUUCCCGGCACUCGAAGUGAAGCUGAUGCUUGUCAUGACAUGCUGAGAGGUCGCUUUGUCACUGCCCUGAAAUCGUGUCAGGUCACUUUGCGACCAUGGGUCUGGGGUAGUGGUGAUGAUGAAAGUUCCGAACAGGCUUGGCCCUCUGAGGUGAGUGAACAGGACCAACCAAUUGCAGCUGCUGAUGUUGCGUCUUCAUCGGCUGAUCCGGCACCGGGUGUCAGUGUUCCUCUCACUGGGGCAUAUGAUCCGACACGCUCUCACACCUGCAUUCCUCUUGAGGAUCGUAUCGAAUUGCUUCGAGCUCAUGGUCAUGACAUGGCUGAUGACGAAAUAAGAUUUCAUUUGCAGGUCAUCAUUGGUCGCCGCAAUGAAAAGCGUGUUCGAGAGACCCUCCCAUUGCCUGUUGUUCUCAUGUCUGAGCCCUUGAAUUUCCUCAACUGGGAUGAAGUGGGUCACAUCAUUACUGAAAAAUGGUGCUGUGCUUUCCCUCAGGUGCGUGAUGAAGGUCAUCAAAUUGUGUCAGCCCUUUGGAUUGAUGGCCAUUGGAUUCCGUUGUGGUUUGUGCCAGGUGGGCGUGUUUUGGUUGUUCAUACCUUCAACGAUUUUGGUGACUAUGAUGGACUUGAUGGGAAACUGCGUUGGAUGGGACUCCAUCUUGGUUUUGAGGAUGUGGUUAUUCACCGAAUCCCCAAUGGAUUGCCGUCACACAAUUUCUGUGGUGCUCACACCAUGGCAUUUAUUGCACAUGUUUUGCUAGAAGCACCGCUUCCGGACACUGUUGAUGAGCUUCACAAUAUGCAUUCUAACAUGCGUGCUCACUUUGUCCAGGAGAUCUACGCAGAUCAGGUUUGCAGAUGCCCGUUGAUUUGGGGUGCGGGGGGGACGGGAGCUUUGGUCAAGUCGUUGUCCGAAGAGCUCCUUAAGCAUGGUGUCCCUCCGCAGUUGUCGGAAGCCAGAGCGUCCCAAGCAAUUCGUGCAAUUGGCAGUGAACAGUUGAUUCAAGCUUUGCAGGCCCCCCAGCCAUGGCGCCAGUUGAAAGCUCUGGCGAACAAUGUGAGCUUCAAGUUUGUUUUGCCUUCCGAACUUGCUGCGGUAGUUGCUUCCAACAAAAGCAAGCCAGUUGGAAAGAAACAACCUAAAGACAAGCAGGGGCCGGGAGUUCCCCCUUCGGUUGACCUUGAUUUGUCGAAGAUUCAGGUGCUUGAGGGUGCUUUCCGUGCUCAAGGUCGUGUUUUGCCCCAGCUGCAGCCGCAGCAGAUUGGCCCUGUCAGCUCUGGUUUUGUCCUUAUGAGUGCUCAGGAUGCUGAACCAUACCUGCGAAGUGGCAAAUGUGUGUCCAAAGAACCUCUGGCGCUGGUGGUUGUUCACAGGCGAGAUGUCCAGGUACAGUCCAUGCUUUCCCAAGUCCAGUGCACUGUUCCCUGCAGGUGUGUGGUUGACAAUGAGCCCCUUUUGAUUGAAGCCACCAUUGUUCAGAUUGGGUCUGGGACGGUUGAGAAGUUUGCUUCCAGUAACCCAGUUUCACUUGACCAGCCUGAUGUCAACACUGUUCGGAUCUCGGUUUAUCGGGAUGAGUUUGCUGAGUCAUGGGAGUCGUUUUCGAAAGCCCCCAUUCGUGCCAUUGUUCAACUGUUGCCAGAGCUUAAGCGUUGUGAAGUCGAAGGUUGCACCUGCAGUUCAUGGCAUCCUUCUAGCAAUCCCCAGAUUCGUGAUCCGAUCCUUGACUUGUGGCGUCGUCAAUUUUUGAAGUUUGGCUUUAAGCAAGUCGAUGCCAGUGAUGCAGACUUCUUUGCUGUGUCCAUUCGUGUCCCAUCCAGUCUGAUGUCGGCAGUGCUUGGUCGCAGUGGUCACCAAGGUCUGUAUGUGGAGCCACGAACAGCUGACGGAAAGCUUGUGUUGGAUCAGUACAUGGUGAUAUGGACUCCUAAGGAGACUUUGCAGAACUUGUUGCACUUUCGCCAGACUAUGCCCGCAGUGUCUGGCCUUGCUCGAGUUGGUGACAGGAGAGGACUUCGCGUCCUUGCUGACCAGGCUGAGAAUGUGCACCAAAUGUUGAAGCCAGGGACUUUGUUCUUGCCGCAAGGGAAUCGUUCUUUGUUUUUGGUUGGUCCUGUGCCAUUUGGUUUGGAUCGCAUGGCAGUUGCCAAAGCUAUGCAGUUGAUUGGAUGGAAAUGCAAGCCCCUUCAGCCCAGUGCACCCCAACCGGGGAAAGGUGCUAUGUGGCAAGUGCAGGCGGUUGAGGAUCCUCCGAAUAGCAUUGUGCAAACCACGCUUGGGGAAAUUUUGAUUUCACGUCACAAGAUUUCUGAAGCUCCAAAAAUCGUUGAUGAUGCACCAGUUGCUUCUGCUGCCACCCUUGCGUUGUGUGGCUCUGCUCCGCAGUCAAAAGAGGACCCAUGGUCUAAGCAAGAUCCAUGGCAGCAAUAUGCUCCGGUGUCCAAGCCAUCUGCCCCAGCUAAUGCUGUCCCCGAUGCUUCCGAAAGUUUGCAGCAGUUAGAAUCCAGGAUUCAAUCUGCAGUGCUUUCUCGGCUGCCCCAAGCGAUGGAACAGGAUGAUGUGCCUGAUCGUCUUCAGCUCUUGGAAGGCCAAGUACAAAGCUUGAUGCAGCAACAUGGGAAGAUGGAAACGCAGUUCCUUGAGUUUUCUUCACAGCAAACGCAGACUGUGUCCAAUCUCCAGAAUCAACUGAAUGUUCAGGCUCAACAGAUGCAUGGUCAGCUGGAGCAGCAAAGCCAGAAUAUCCAGGCGAUGUUCGAAACGCAGUUGUCGCAUAUCCGAGGGACCAAUGCUGGUACGUGGAAAGGAGUUGGUGUGCUGUCCAAAACGCCUGUUAGACGUCUUCCGCAUGAUUGGCCGAAUGAAAUUGCGCAGUCGUCUCGGGCCUUGGCUUUCACUACUUUGCUUGAUGAUGUGUGGCUGACCGGUGGAGUUGUGUAUGGAGAUUCCGUGAUCUGCAAGACCUUGCUUUUGAUAGGCACUCCGACUGACAAAUACACUCAGCUUUGGCAACAGUUUGAACAGUCGGCGGAGCAAAAGUUGCCCUUUGUGCCUGGACGCCAUACGAAAGGCCGUGCUCAGACAAAGAGACUCUCCAAAGUGCAGACAACACGUCGCCUCCAGUCUUAUGUUCGGCAUGUUCAAGUCCAUGGGUGCGAUUCUGCCUUUGCGAGUGAUGUGUGGGUCGCGAUUGUUCGGGCUGCUGGAUUUCAUGGUGGUUUUGCUGCAUGGUGGUUGGUCUGUCCGUCCAAAGUCUUUGGUGCUGACCGUUACUUGCCCUUGUCUCCACCCAGUAUUGAGUGUGCUCUGAAAAUCUUUGAGACCAUGGUCAUUGAAGUACGAUUGCUUGAAAACCAGCUCCGGUCGUCCUCCAGGCAAUAUGCUCGGCUUCGCCGUGCAAAGAACCCUAAUUUGAUUUUUAGUGAUAUCAAGGACCACCCCUCCAAUGGAGUUGAUUUCCUGUUGAGGCCGUUGAAAGCAGUAGUUGUUGACCUUGAUGAGGAAUCCAACGCUGUAGUGGUUGAGCCCCCACAGCAGUGGGUGUCCACACGCCCGGUCUUCUGCAAUGGUUCUGCCUUGUCGGUCAUUCAUGCGGAGGAUGACUGUCUGUAUGUGGAAUCCAUCGAUGGCAUUAGGACUGGCAUGGCAGUGUCUCAGCUUUUGUCCACUGGCUCUAAGGAGGAACUUGCCAACUCUUUCCUUGAUGCUUGGAAGCAACGUUGGGACAGACACAAGAAUGUCCCUCCGGAGCGUUGGAAUGUGAUUCUUCAGUUUGCCCGUACUCAUUUGCCGCGGCAUCAGUUCCAAUGGGAUUCGUUGACAGUUGAGUCCUUGGGUCAUGCCAUUUCCAGACGUAAGCGUUCCUCGGCCUCUGGCUUGGAUGGUGUGUCAGUUUUGGACCUCCAAAGUUUACCCACGUCUGCCUUGACUUCAUUUUGCAUGAUGUUUGAUGAGGCUGAGAGUACUGGUGUUUGGCCUGGCCAGCUCUUGGAAGGAAAGGUCUCCUGUCUUGCCAAGAAUGAUGCUCCGGCCGGGGUCAUGGAUUAUCGGCCCAUUACUGUAUUGGGUUUGCUGUACCGAAUUUGGGGUUCCCAUCAUGCUAGACUUGGUAUCCGUGCUCUUGAUGGUCUUCUCCCAUCAACCCUGUACGGUUCGCGUCCUAGUCGAUAUGCAGGCCAGGUCUGGAGCCAGCUUUUGUGGGCGGUGGAAGACUCCAUUGCUGCGGAUGUUUCCCUCUCGGGAAUUUUUGCUGACAUUCAGAAAGCUUUCAAUUGUUUGCCGCGGUUUGUAAUUUUUGAAGUUGCUGCGAUGGUCGGUAUUCCCAUGCGAAUCUUGACUGCUUGGGCAGGUGCUCUGUCUGACAUUGGUCGUCGUUUCCAGCUUGGCCCCAAUUUGACAAAAGCUGCUUACAGUGUGACUGGUUUGCCAGAAGGUGAUGGGCUUUCAUGCUUGGGCAUGGUGUUGGUCGACAUGCUGUUUCAUGCCUGGCAUUUGGCCUUUUUCCCUAUGUGUCAGCCGGUGUCCUAUGUUGAUGACUGGACCUUGAUCACCACUGACCCGAACAUCAUGGUAGGUAUGUUUCAGUGCCUGGAUAGGUUCACGAGGGAACUUGACCUGCAACUUGAUCUCAAAAAGACUUGUGCCUGGUCAGUCACUGCACAGGGACGGAAGAAGCUCCGAGAACAAGGAUUCACCUUGGUGUCCAGUUGCCGUUCGCUGGGAGCCCAUGUGCAGUUAUCUAGGAAACAUACUAACUCAACCCAGAUGGAACGAGUCAGUAGUUUGCAGCCGAUGUGGUCCAGGCUACGCCUCUCAGCCAGUGCCUACGAGCAAAAAGUCCGGGCCAUGCGUGCAGGUGCUUGGCCCCGUGGUUUGCACGCGAUCACAGCGACCGCUGUGGCUACCAGUACUUUCAAGUCGCUGCGCUCUGGUGCCAUGAAGGGGCUUGGGGCUGAUGGUUCGGGUUGUAAUGCUUUCAUUCAUUUGGGCCUUGUUGAGGUUCCCCAUACCGAUCCGCAGUUCUGGUCUAUCAUUCAGACCUUUCGCAUGGUUCGUGAUUGUGGAAUUGAGGAUGUAGUCCACUCGGUUCUUUGGGCCAUGGUGCAGGGGCAAUCCAACUUUGCCUCCAAUGGUAUCUCGGCUACGUUGCUCACACGGGUUCAAACUCUUGGGUGGCAUGUCGAUCGCAUGAUGUUCGUGGAUGACUUUGGCUACUUUUCUCUCUUUGAUGUGGCAAUUGAUGACCUUGUGUGGCGGAUGCAGUGGGCAUGGCUGAAAGUUGUUGCAGCCAAUGUUCAGCACAGACCUGGGUUGAAAGAUUUGUUUUGGCAGUGUGAUGCUUUCACAGCAUGCAGACACAUGGUGGAUCAGGAUCUCUGGGAUGCCCUUCCUUCACUGCCUGAGUGCGUGGUUGCCUAUGGUUGGUCUCUUCGACCUUCAACCUUUGAAGAGUGGUUUUCUUCGUUGGCUGCGAUUGAUGUUGGUGCAGUGUUGCUCCAGAUUAGUCAAGCAGUCUUGCGUGUUGAUGCCCCUCGCUCUGCUGACAUUUCUCCAGACACUCCUGAUUGUGUGCCUGUGUGGACUCCUUUGCCUCCCCUGGAAUCGCUCCCGUCCAAAGCAGUGCGUUGGUAUGGGGAUGGCAUGGUGCGAAAGCUUGUGUCUUGGUUUUGGGACACGCUCCAUGGUGCUGUUGGACCGGUUCAAUGGGUUGCCAUGUCUCAACUUUUCAUCGACUUCGCUAGUUCUACUGGUGAGGUCGGGCCCCUCAAAUUGCAUAAGUGGUGUGAUGGUUCUGAUUUUCCACUGCAGGGAUUGGUGUCGAGACCAUUCCGGCUUCGCGUUCGUUGGUUUGGGAAAUUGCUGCGCGAGAUUCUUCGCCAUAGUGGUGCAGAGGUUUCUACUGGUUAUGUGCGUCCUGCAAGCACAAUGGUGGCCAUGUUCUCGAGCUGCAUUGCCAUUCCUUGGCCUGUUGAACGUUUGACGAUGGUUGAUGAUUGGAUCCUUUUGCACACAGUGGUUCACUACGCAGCGAUGCAAUCCUGUCCCAACGCCCUUUACAUGUUGGCCACGGGAGUGGACUGGGCCUUGGACCCGAAAGCGCUUCGAGCCAAGGAGUGCGAGCUGCGAGCCCAAGGGACCGAGGCGGGCCAUCCCGCCCGGACCCUGGGCUUGGAAGCAACAGAACUUGGGACUGGUGGAGUGUCGCCUGGGAUGGGCCCUCUGGCGAUACUGCCAAGGGACAGGCACUUGGAGCGAUGUGACACGCUUGCAGGGGCAGAGGCCUUUCAUACCCGUCUGGAAAGGGCCGGGUACAGGAACACCAUGGUCCGCCUUGUACAUCCAGCGCGAGGACCGGGAGGUCAACCUGCAGGAACUAGCAGGAAGGGGCCCCUGGGGACGGUGCGCGGUGAUCACAAGCUUUUGCGGGAUACUUUGGUGCCGCUGUUUCGGCCGCAGCAUGGCGAGAUGCGGCCGAGCUUGGUGCUGGUGUCUGUGGUGCCGGUGUUGCCGUACGAGGCGGAACUAGGCCCCGCGGGGCUGCACUGUCAAGCGGACCAGGUCGCUCUAGACAACUACGGCAAGGUAGUUCCUCUUGCUGCUGGACCAUGCAGAGACGUGGCCCGAGGUUGUCCCGUUGUGCUUCUACAAGCUGACCGAUCCAACAGCUGUCUUGAUGGAUUACCAACCACUGAAGGCGGCGACCCCUGCUUUCAUGCCUGUGAGUACCACAGGUCCAUGUACCAGGGCUCGCUUCUGGGUCGAGCAUGUGCGGUGCAGGGGUGCCUGCAUCCAGUCACUGGGACCAGGAAGGGGGUCAACUUUUGCAAGUUGCACGGAGCCACAGAGGAGAAGCCCCGGGCCAAAGCCGCACCUAGGGCACGCGAAGCUUCACCGCCCCGGGUAGAUACCGACCAAAGGUCAGAGACCGCGCGUCAAACAGAGAGACCAGGAGUCAACGCGAUGCAGGGUGCGGUGGCUGACAAGGCAGACCUAGCCGAGCUCCUGGUCGAGCUGCUCCAGGGCAAAGAGGCAGAGGAAGCGUAUCAGGACUCGCUGACUUCCCUGGCGAAGGCCUAUGUGCAACAACACAAAGACUUGGAAACGCGGGAAUCACCCGCCUGGAGAGCACUCAACCGCCUUGCGCAUCCCCCUGCCGUCUGUCAAGAACCAGAAUAUGACCCCGUAACUCGGAUGCUGGAAGCCACGUUGGAGAGGCCUACAGAAGAAGAGAAAUCCGACACGCCAGCCCCACGGCUGGUAAGGCCGGCCUCGGCUCCUGCGAGCCAUUUCCCGGGUCCUCGCACCUCCGGUGAGCUCGCUGCGAGCUUGUUUCGCCCCAAGAGCGAGAUCGAUUCUGUCCUGCCGCGCCCGAGGCUUGUUUCGAGCCCGGGAGCGGUUGGAACUUUCUCAGGAACGCCCGGUCCAGCAGGUUCCGUAGGGAUGCAGGGUUUACACGCCUUCCGACCCUUUCAUGCUGGAGCCUACACUGAUCCGGGACCUCCGGCCCUCGAUGAAACUUCAAAAGCUCUGCAGACAAUCGCAAAAGUUAUGGCGGCGAAGGAAGACCCAGCUGCCCAAGAUCGAGGGAAGCUGUCCUCGAUCGGCAGAACAGAGGAGAGGAUGCUGUACCUGGCUAGAGGGUGCGACACGCUGACGGUGCACCUUGGGGAAGCCACGGUCGGAAAGGAGCCGUACCACGCCCUAAAGUCUGUAGCGACGCAGAACCGGCCCUUGUUGAGAGAAAUCAGCUUCCCGGUGGCAUCGCCUUUGGGGCCGCUUCCCUCAGUUUCGGGGGCAAAGGUAAUCCGCCUGACUAUUGCCUCACUGUGGCCGAUUUUGCCCAGACCUCGGAGGAGGAGUUUGACUUGUUUAGCCCGCCUGGGGAUAACAAGCUGGAAAAACGGGCGCGGAACCCUACUACUCUGUCCAAUUGGUACCGAAAUGCUCUACGCCAAGCUUGGGCCAUGGCAUGUAUCCUGGGGGCAGAGUACUAUGGCAGUUGGGAGAAGGCUGCGGCACAACUCCUUAAGUUUGGGGAAGAAUAUGCCCAUGCGUGGCCGUUGCACUCGGUCAUGA